UUUUUUUUUUUUUUUUUUUCGUCUCUCUCUUUUCGCUAUCCUUUUUUUUUUUCAAGUGUUUAUAUUCCCAAUCAUCUACAAUUGUUAAACCUACUUGGAGAAACAAAUAAAUAGAACACCAUGUCAUAUUCUACUUCGGCUUGGGAAAGAUAUUUGACUCCUCAAGAAACUCAAGCUUAUGGUCAAUUAUUCAAAGCAGCUUCACAAUCAAAACCUGGUAUCGUUACUGGUUCUGAAGCUGUUCAAUUCUUUGCUUCUUCAGGUGUUCCAAAUCCAAUCUUAUCAGAUAUAUGGGAAACAGCUGACCGUGACAAUGUGGGAUAUCUGACUCCAGAGACUUUCUCAAUAGCUUUGAAAUUGAUUGCUUGUGCUCAGCAUGGACAAGAAGUAGCUGACCCCAUUAUAUCAACAGUUGUGGCCUUACCUCAAUUUAAGGGAAUUCAAACCGACAUUGCUGGUGUGACAAGUCCAACCAUGAAUUCAAACAAUGACACUUCUUCAGCAAACACAAUUACACCAACGGAGCGUGAAAAGUAUUACAGCAUCUUUCGAGCUCAUCAACCUACCAAUGGUGUUUUGGAUGCUUCAAGGGCAAAAAGUGUAUUUUUGAAAUCUAAACUUCCUACCGAGACAUUGGGAAAAAUUUGGGCAUUGGCCGAUGUUCGUCAAGCUGGUACUUUGACUCAAUCAGAAUUUGCUAUUGCGAUGCAUUAUAUUGCCAAAUUGAUGGAUGGUACCUUGACAACUCUUCCAACUCAAUUACCACCUUCUGUUUACUCUUCAGCAUCUGGAACAGCAUCAACUCCUAUGUUAUCACAUCAACAAUCACCUAUCUUGCGACAAAUGAGUGGGAAUAGUGCUUUAGGAACACCAACUAUUCAACAACAACUUACUGGAAAUAGAAUGAUGAUGACACCACCUCAACGUGCAGCAACUAUUGAUUCUCUUGGUAACAUGGCAUUCUCAAAUUCGACCGAAAGUAUUCCUCGACAAUGGGAUGUUACUGCAACUGAAAAAGCUCAAUAUGAUUCCUUUUUUGAUAAGAUUGAUAUCAACAGACUCGGAUUUGUACAAGGGAAAGAAGCUGUGGAAUUCUUCAAAAAUUCUCGAUUACCUGAUACUGAUUUGGCUCAUAUUUGGGAUUUAGCUGAUACUUCACAACGUGGUCGACUUUCUCGGAAUGAGUUUGCUGUGGCUAUGCAUCUUAUUCACAAACGUCUUAGAGGUGAUACUCUUCCUCCUGCUUUACCUGCUUCUUUGGUACCACCAAGUCCUCUUCCUGUCGCUGCUAGUCCUGUGAAUGUCCAACGGUCUGCUACAACGAUAGGUCGUUCCUUCUCACACGACCCUUUUGAUCAACCGGCAACAGCAGCAACAACAACAACAACAAAAGUUCAAUCUUUAAUUGAAGAAGAUCUACUGGGUGACUUUGGCAAUAAUGAUCAAUUGACACAAGAAACCAAUCAGGUCAAUCAAUUACAAAAUCAAAUUAAUUCCUUGAAAUCAGCGACAGUAGAUGUUAAGAAUCAAAAACUGACAACUGAACAAACAUUGGAACAAUUGGCAAAACAAAAGCAAGAACUACAAGCACAAAUGGCUCAAGUACGAAUGGCUCAUGAAGCUCAAGUGAAAGAUCUCAAUGAAUUACAAGAAACAUUACGUCGUGAAGAACCCGAAUGGAUACAAGUACGGAAUGAAUUCGAAGCAGCGCAACAACAACUGGCAACUACACAAGAAGAAAUUCACCAAUUACGACAAAAACUUGAAACUAGCCGCAAGGAAAGUGAGGAAUGUCGACGUCGCGUCCAUGAAAUUCAAGCCGAAACAGCUGCAUUGGAAGCACAACUUGAUGGUCUGAAUGGUCAAGUCAAACAACAAGAUAUGAUGCUAGAUAUUAAUCGUCGACAAGUGACAGCGUCUGAACAAGAUCGUGAACAAGCAAAGCGAAAUUUAAUGGAUGGCAAAGAAUCAACCACCGACUUUUCUAUCGACAAUGGUGAUGAUGAUUCUUCCUCAUCCGACGACGACAACAACGAGGACGACAAUAACAAUAUUCCUAGCACAUUUGGUCAUUUUACAUCAUCUUCACCUCCAGCUACCAAGUCCACUCAUGAAACAGAAAACAACAACAACUUUUUUGAUAUCUUUUCGCCUCAUCAAGAACAAGCUGAAUUACAAGUCAAACAACAAGCAUCUCAAAAAUCAGAUGCAGUGGAUUUUGAUGCAGUAUUUGGCGAUUUAGCUGGUGUCUCUUCUUCUUCACCUAGUGACAAUAGCGAUUGGACAAAAACAUUCGAUAAUAUUCCAGCAACGACAACAGAUUCAUCUUAUUCUACACCUUCUCAAGGUAAUGAUGAUUCGGCUUCAACGGUAAAGAAACAUAGAACACCACCUCCACCUCCUCCACCAGCGACCACAAAGAAUGUAACAGAGACAUCAGAAAAUAAACAAGAAGCACCGACUAUAGAUGAUGAUUUUGAUUCAGCAUUUUCGGGACCUUUAUCGGAAGCAAAAGUGAUGGGAAGCGGCAGUGGACAACAAACAACGACCAAUUUUGAUGAUUUCGAUGAAGCAUUCGGUGUAUUCGAUGAAGUUCCAUCUAAUUCCUUGCCAGUCAAACAACAAAGCAAUACUUCUUGGGCAAAUAAUUUUGGUGGAUUCAAUUUUCCAGAUAUGGAAGGCUCCACACAACAACAACAACAACAAACAGCAACGAAAACGUCCACCAAUUCACAAGAUGAUUGGGAUUCUAUUUUUGGUGGUAAUAUGAUCAAUGAUGGAGCUCAACAACAGCAACAACAACAACAAUCAACAGCUAGUAUUGGAUUUGAAGAUGCUUUCUCUGGAUCAUCAACGACUGAAACAAAACAAACCAAUCAAGGAGAAUCAUCAUCUAGCAAAAUAUUCACAGAAACCAGUAUUGUUGGAGACGCAAGCAAAGUGGACGAACUAGUCAAAAUGGGGUUUGAAAAACAAAUGGCCAAGGAUGCAUUGGAAAGGUAUGAUCAAGAUGUCACCAAAGCCACAAACUUUUUAUUGGAUCAAGUCAAUUAG